AUGGGGGAGCGGAAGAAAAGGGUGUGCCCAUGUUGGAUUCCAACAUCAUCAUCAUCUUCAAGAAUUUUAUGGUUUAUGUUACCAUUGAUUGUGGUGUCUGUGUUUGUGGGUUUACUGGGUUCAAAGCCCUCCUCCAAGUGGGGUUUUGCUUCUCAGAACUAUCCAUGGGCAUGGAACUCUUUUAUCACAUCUUAUUCUGGGAAUGGAAUUAUGAGCUCAGACGCCGUACAGGGUCCUGUUUCACCACCAAAAGACACGGAGGCGAAUUUAGAUUUGCGGCCGAGGACGGUGGGUGGUGGUGAUAACAGAGAAAAGUCUCUUUCAGAUGACUACAAUCUAAACCGCUCUUGUUCACCGCCACUUUCUGUAGAAGCCGUACAUGUCCAGCAGCCUGUUGGAAAUACAAAAGAGAGCUUUAAUAUUACUACCAACAUUCCCCACGUUUUUCCUUCUUGGAAUGAAACUCAUGCUCUUCCAUUGAGUGGAAGAUUAGAAAGAAAGCACAGCAAUUUACUCAGGCUCGAAGCCGGCUUGGGGCGGGCUCGAGGUGCAAUUAGAGAAGCUAAAAAUGGAAAUCAAACACAUGACCCGGACUAUAUCCCAACAGGUCCAAUGUACUGGAACGCCAAGGCCUUUCACCGGAGCUAUUUGGAAAUGGAAAAACAAUUCAAGAUAUUUGUCUAUGAAGAAGGAGAGCCUCCGAUUUUUCAUAAUGGUCCCUGCAAGAGCAUAUAUGCAAUGGAGGGGAGCUUUAUUUACCAUAUGGAGACAACCCAGUUUCGAACAAGAGACCCGGACAAAGCCCAUGUUUACUUUCUUCCAAUUAGUGUGACAUCAAUAGUGCACUUUAUUUAUGAGCGUAACCAUGAUUGGCAUCCAAUGAAAGAAACGGUCAGAGACUACGUCAAUCUCCUUGCUGUAAAAUACCCCUAUUGGAAUCGAAGCCUAGGGGCUGACCAUUUCAUGCUUGCUUGCCAUGAUUGGGGGCCUGAACUCUCCUCGUCUGUUCCUAACCUAUACAAAAACUCGAUUCGUGCUCUAUGCAAUGCAAAUACCUCAGAAGGGUUCAAACCCUCCAAGGACGUGUCCUUUCCAGAAAUUCUUCUCCCUGCUGGCACAAUAGAGGGCCUGAUAGGUGGCCCAUCUCCAUCGCGACGACCGUAUUUGGUUUUCUUUGCUGGAGGGCUUCAUGGGCCGAUAAGGCCAAUACUUCUUGAACAUUGGGAAAACAAAGACGAAGAGGUUCAGGUUCACAAGUACCUUCCGAAGGGUGUCUCGUAUUAUGGAAUGCUGAGGAAAAGCAAGUACUGCAUAUGUGCUAGCGGUUAUGAAGUUGCGAGUCCAAGAAUGGUGGAGGCACUUUACACAGGCUGUGUUCCGGUACUCAUUAAGGACCACUAUGUGCCACCAUUCAGCGAUGUGCUAAAUUGGAAGUCCUUCUCUGUUGAAGUUCCAGUGAAGGAAAUCCCGAACCUGAAGAAAAUUCUGUCGGCAAUAUCUCCUAGGCAGUACAUAAGAAUGCAGAGGCGAGGUACCCAAACAAGGAGGCAUUUUGAGGUGAGUCUGCCUCCAAAGAGGUACGAUGUCUUUCAUAUGAUACUUCAUUCAGUCUGGCUUAGGAGACUAAACAUUCGAAUUCAUGGCAUCGAUGAGUCGUGACUGUUCGAUAGUUUAUACAUCUGACCCGCUUUGGUCGAUUGAGGGAGAAACGAAGAAAGCUUUGUAGGGGAUCAGGGC